CCCGCCCCACCGCCCAGUUUCGAGGGAACUGGAGGGAGGGUGAGAGGCGCGCCCCCAGCCCCGUGGGCUGAGUGUCUGUGUGUGCCAGCCUCCUGGCCCUGCCCCUGGCCCCUGCCCUUGCCCCUGCCCUCUGCCUCCUGCCUGCCUGGCGCCAGACCUUCCCCUCCGUCUCCCGAUUGAUUUCCCCGGCAGAGGAAGACCCGGCCGAGGACCCAAAGUUUCCCAGAAGAGGAACCGGUGGGAGGAGGGGCGAAGGUAGGUUCCAGUCCCAGCCAGACCCCCAAGAUGUACGAGAAGCGGCCAUCGGUGAGCUAUGGCCCGGAAACCGUGUACCGCCCAGAGGUGUACGAGAAGCGGCCUUCAGUGAGCUAUGCCCCAGGAACCGUGUACCCCCCGGAGGUGUACGAGAAGUGGCCCUCGGUGAGCCACAGCCUGGGGUCUCCCCUGCCCCCAGAGGCGUACGAUAGGCGGCCAUCAGUGAUCUGUGGCCCUCCAGGGUCUCGAUAUGCCUACACGGCUUCAGCCCCACCUGGCUCCUUCUACCAGGAGGAUGUGCCCCAGUACUUCUUCAGGUGGACCUCCCCUCCUGGUUUGGUCCGGAUCCUUCAGGGGCUGGUGAUCCUGCUGUGUGUGACCAUCUUUGCCUGCGUGGCCUCGACCCUGGCGUGGGACUACAACUACGGAGGCCUGUUGGGCUACGGUAGUGGGAUGGGUGGCUAUUACGGCAGCUCGGGUUAUUACCCGGGCAGCUACUAUGGCGGGACCAACCCGAGGGCGGCCAAUGGCUUCAUGAUCUCCAUGGCUGUGCUUUGCUUCCUGAUCUCGCUGGGGCUCUUCGUGGCGGGCUUGUCCAAGUCACGCAGCACCCGCUCCCGCCACUUCUACCUGCUGGUGCUGGUGGUCAGCGCCAUCCUGGCCUUCUUCGUGCUGAUCGCCUCCAUCGUCUACAUCUUCGGGGUCAACCCCCGUGCCUCCAUGACUGCCGGCUCCGGGAGCUUCUAUUACAACCAGAUCAUGAUGCUGUGUGCCCAGGUGUACUCGUCCCCGAUUGGGGGUGGGAUCAUGAACCGCUACCUCUAUCACUACUGCAUGGUGGAUCCCCAGGAGGCCGUGGCCAUCGUCUGUGGCUUUCUCAUUGUCACCCUCCUCUGUGUCAUCUGUUUCUUUGCCCACAAAACCCGAUACAAGAUCUGGAGGUAUGGCAAAGACAACAUUUACUGGGACAAGCCCCUGGCUUCUCCUGACGGCCCCAAUGUAGAUGACUGGGUGAAGGCCACGGCAGGUGGCACUAACACCCAGGAGGACGUGGCCACGCUGGCGUAUUCAGAGAAGCCCACCAGCCCCCUGACCAGCCCUUACAGUGCCCCUCCGGAGAAAGCCUGCGAAGACCAUAUCACCAGCGUCCCACCCCCUGCAAAGACUGGGGUCAGCUCCUUAGAAGAAGGGAAGACAGCUGCAAGCCACCCCCCUACCAGGCGGGGCCAGCACCGACACCGGCGCCACCCGGAGCUGGACGAGUCACAGUGUGAGACGGAUUUCACCACCGCUGUGGAGUCCAAUGACGAGAGGGACCAGAACGAGUGGGUCAGCCUCUACCCACCCAUCACCUCGGAUGAAGCCCGGCAGACAUACAAAACAGAGUUUGACAUGGACCUGAAGCGCUACAAGAAGCUCUGCGCCGCCAUGGAUGACAUCAACGACCAAAUCAGCCAACUGAGCCGGCAGCUGGACGACCUCCCCGAGGAUGGGCCCGAGUACCAGGCCACCGCAGAGGAAUACAACCGCCUGAAGGACCUGAAGCAGAUGCCUGAUUACCAGACCAAGAAGCUGGAGAGCAAGAACCUACGCAGCAAGCUCUUCCAUAUCAAGCACAUGGUCAGAGACUACGACAAACACCGUGGUUAGAGGCAACCCCCACCCCCUCCACUGCCAGACCACCCAAAGUUUUCCGUUCCCUAAUGGGAGCAGGGUGGGGGUCUGGAACUCAGAUCCUAAGAUGCCCUGCCCAUGGAUCCAGAUGGACCUUCCCAACAUUCUCUGGGCCAUUAUCUGCCCUUGCCCACCACCCUCCACUUCCCAGAGACUAGGCUCCCAACAGCUGUGUGGAAGGAGGCCAAAGGGAAAGGGAUUUGUCCCAGGGGUACCCUUCUUUCAGAAGGAGCUCAUAAAGAGGGGUCCCAGACUUUAGGCAGGUCACCCAGAGAGCAGGCACCCCUGGGAAUGUACCCAUCGUCCCAGGGUGCUAAUUGCUGUGAGCCCCACCUUGGUCUGCUCUUUCUCUGGGACAGGGAGCAGCAGAUUUCACUGCUUCUCCUCUUGAGUGUGGCUGGGGAUCCCGUUUCCAGGAUCUUAUGUCCUGUCCCCCAUUUCUCCCUCCCCCCCAGGAUGGAUCCCUUGGCCUCACUGAACCCCUUGAAGGCUCCUCUUCCCACCCCACAUCCAGGGCCAGGGGUGAGAGAGACAGCUGAAAGAGGAGAACCUUGGGCUGGGGAUAGAGAAGAGAGGGGAGAAAAAGAAAGGGCCUCUCCCUCUCUGUCAGGCCUCCAGCUCCCCCUCUGCCUCCCUCCCCACCCCUCCACGGCCAUGGCAGGGAGGGGCCCUGGGAAGUGGGAACCACCCAAACCAGCUGUUUGUGGAGCUGCCCAGUCCCCACCCUUGGGAUGAGAAAAUCUGUAAACAAAUGUGAAAAAAUAAACACUUCCAUCUGAGAUGGGGUUUCUCCCUC